AUGUCAAAAGCUGGUAUAGUUCACCAUAAAAAAUAUGUUCCAACCCCAGUAUCUCAUCAAAACGUUCAUCACAGUGCAUCAUCAAAUGAAAAUAGUUAUACUAUUUCAAAUACAUCGGUUUCACCUAUAAUGUCAGAAUCGCCACCGCCUCGUAUUGAACAGAAGUCAACAACAACAAAUAAAUAUAGAAAAUCAAAUUUGAAGAGUACAUCCAAUACUACAAAAUGGUCAACGACAAAAAAGGUCAUUGUUGGCAUUGUCAUAGCUGUUAUUGUGAUUGCUGUUAUUGCUACAGUAAUUGCUUUGGCUGUUGUGUUGUCACGAAAAUCGGAUACGACUGCUACUACUACCUCUGUUACUAUUGCAUAUUGGUCUCUUGAUUCUGUAACAACAGAUCUCUACAAUGUUUAUAAUGGAACGUUGGUGAAUAGUGCAUCAUACUUUACAAAUACAACUAAUCAGCCAUAUGUGGGUAAUGGUGGAGGUCUUAGUUUAACUUCAUCAUCAAGUCAAUAUUUUUCUGUUUCAAGUCCUUUUCUUGAUCUUACUUAUAAAAGUUUUACAAUUGAAGCUUGGAUUUAUCCAUCAAUCAGUAGUAGCGUAGAUUAUGGUAUCUUUGGUCAAUGUCAAUGUUCGUCAUGUUCUAAUCAAUGCUUAUAUAUUAUUAUUCGAUCAUAUCGUUUAUAUGUGAGCUUCAUGAGUAAUGAUUUAAGUGGUAAUGCAACAUUGACAAGUAAUACUUGGUAUCAUAUUGCUUUCGUUUAUAAUAAUGAUACAAAACAACAAAGGUUAUUUGUUAAUGGAUAUCGAGAUGCAACUAAAACUGAUGCAAGUCCAUACCAAGGAACCAAUGGAUCAAUUUGGAUUGGUGCAUCUCGAGUUUAUCUCACAACGAGUUAUUAUAAUGGUUAUAUUGAUAAUUUUAAAAUAACAACGAGAGCAAAAUCUUCUACAGAAAUUUUGAAUGCUGCUACCUUAACAGCUUAUUUUUCAUUUGACGUAUCAUCAGGUAUUACUUAUGAUAGUGGUCCACUUGGAUUGAAUGGAACAUCAGUAAAUACAGCAACGCUCAGUGGACAUCUUAAUGAAGCUAUGCGUUUUUCUGGUUCAUCAUCUUAUUUUUAUGCAUACGGUUUUUAUCAAAUUGGGUAUGGUGUUUCUUACGCCCAACCAUUUUCAGUUUCUUUAUGGAUUAAUCCAUCAUCCGCUAGCGCUUGUACUAUAGUUCAAACAGCUUAUACACUAUCUACUUAUACAUGUCAUAACUUACUUGGCUUCUAUUCAACUCUUGGUUUAACAGCACAAAUUAUAGUACAAGGCUGGGCUUGGCCAGUCAUCUAUGGUCCUUUUGCUACGUUGAACACAUGGACACACAUUUCAGUGACAUACAGUCAAACAAAUGGACUUCGAUUAUAUGUGAAUGGAGUGUAUUAUGGUACUACUGGUACCUUCUCAUUUUCUAAUACUAAUCGUAUAAUGUAUUUCCAACUGGGAUAUGUGAAUAUUUGUUCAUCAAAUUAUAUUACUAGUGCUGGGUAUCAAGGCUUAAUCGAUGAAGUAUAUGUACAUAGUCGUGAGAUAUCUCAAAGUGAGGUUACUACACUAGCAAGUUUAUAA